ACGCCGUUGCCAGGGCGGCGCGCGGACUCGUCGGGGCGGGUGGCGGCCAUGAGCGGGGUGCUGGACGUGCUGUGGGAGGACAGGGAUGUCCGCUUCGACAUCUCCCCGCAACAAAUGAAAAUGAGACCUGGAGAGGUCCUUAUAGACUGCUUAGAGUCUGUUGAAGAUACCAAAGGAAACAAUGGAGACAGAGGCAGGCUGCUUGUGACAAAUUUGCGGAUCAUUUGGCGCUCCCUGUCAUUGCCCAGAGUCAACCUCUCUGUCGGUUACAACUGCGUUAUAAAUAUAACUACAAGAACUGCCAACUCAAAAUUACGAGGGCAGACAGAAGCUCUGUAUAUAUUGACUAAAUGUAACAAUACUCGCUUUGAGUUCAUAUUUACCAAUGUUGUUCCUGGAAGUCCCAGACUCUUCACUUCAGUUAUUGCUGUGCACAGAGCUUAUGAAACUUCCAAAAUGUAUCGUGAUCUGAAGCUGAGAAGUGCAUUGAUUCAAAACAAGCAACUGAGAUUGUUACCACAAGAACAAAUAUAUGAUAAAGUCAAUGGAGUUUGGAAUUUAUCAAGUGACCAGGGAAAUUUGGGAACAUUUUUUAUUACUAAUGUGAGAAUAGUUUGGCAUGCAAAUAUGAAUGACAGCUUUAAUGUCAGCAUACCAUAUCUACAAAUUCGUUCAAUAAAAAUGAGAGACUCAAAGUUUGGCUUGGCUCUUGUGAUAGAGAGUUCUCAGCAGAGUGGAGGAUAUGUGCUUGGUUUUAAAAUAGACCCUGUAGAGAAACUACAGGAGGCAGUGAAAGAGAUUAAUUCACUUCACAAAGUUUAUUCAGCUAAUCCUAUAUUUGGAGUGGAUUAUGAAAUGGAAGAAAAGCCUCAACCUCUUGAAGACCUAACAGUGGAGCAGGUUCCAGAUGAUGUGGAAAUAGAAGCUGAUGAACAUACAGAUGCUUUUGUGGCUUACUUUGCUGAUGAAAACAAGCAACAUGAUCGGGAGCCUGUGUUUUCAGAAGAACUGGGACUUGCAAUAGAGAAGCUAAAGGAUGGAUUCACACUCCAGGGGCUCUGGGAAGUAAUGACCUGAUUUAGAUUGGCACGUUUGUUUCUUAAGCAGGAAAAACACUGUUCUUGCUGGAUUUAGAUCUGUAGAAGAUAAUUUAGAAAUAUUGGAGUAGUACAGAAGGAACAUGCCAAAGCUAAAGAGCAGGCAAAUAUUAUAUAAGAAGCCCUCGGGCUAUUUCAUAAAAGAAAGGUUACUCAAAAACCUUGUAUGCUUGAGCUGUGCAUUUCCUGUGUUGCCUGUGUAAGCAGUGGGAGGAGAGCCCCUCUGAGGCUGCUGCGGGGGGCGCUGCCCCCUGCAGGGCCCUCGGUGCCCGCUGUACGGACCUGCACAUUCCCUCUGUCAGACUGGGAGCACCUGGGGGUCCCUCCACACCCCUUCCAAAUGGCGUGGCAGUGCCAUUGACACACUUGUAACCUCCGCUGUUUUCAGGACUGCCCUCUGUCUCCCUUCCCUGACAGCACAAAUUCAGCCAUGGUGUUUCAGACACCAUUUUAUGGCAGGUAGCCACCAUUUUUUUUAUAACUUCAUGGCUUCUGUGUUUAUGUAUUGCCCUUUGGCUGCCAGGACCAGGCACUGCUUGCCAUUUUCCACAGCACUAUGUCAGAAAAAGAAGCCUCCUCUUUUUCUGAAUGCGGAGACCACUGCCUGAGACAGGGCAGUGUGAGGUAUGCAGUUUGAUGCUCAAUUUCAAAUAUUCAUGUAUUUAUACAGAGUGAUGUACUUUCCCAUAAUGAUUGGUUGAAUUACAUUUCCAUAACUUGUUUAAUGAUUUGCAACACAGAAAUACCAUCAUACAGGGAACAUUUUGUAUGUAGGCAUAUUGGCUGUGUUAUUGAUAGCUUUAAGCAAAAGCAAUUCUGUUCCAAAUAUCUCAUAAUUGUGCUUAAUGUUCAGCAUGUAUUAUUCCAAGUUUUAAUUGUAAUGCAGAUAUCCUCAUACAGUUGUUGUUUGUUUGUUUUUGCCAGAGCACUUUUUAAAGCAAUGAUCUAGAAAACAGGGCACAUGCAAAUAGCUUCUGUGUGUGUCAUUAGACCUUUUAUGAUGUUAUGUGUUAAUGAGUCAUUUAUUGUUUAAAGGAAGACACAGCUGUUACGUUUUCUAGUGAGAUAAAACCUCUGUGCUGUUUUCUAUAAAUGGAAAAAGUCAAAUGAGCUGUCCUUUCAGCUGUUGUUUCAGCAGCUGACUGUUAAAGUAACUGUGGUGCAAAUGUAAUACUGGUGUUUGUAGAAAAUCUUUCAAAGUAUAUACUUUAAUGAAAUACAACCUAUAUUGAAAAGCAGUCAUUACUUUAAUAAACUUUGAUAAUAUUAUAUAUUGUUGUAAAUCUUGCAUUCAAGUAGUUGUAUUUUGGAUUUUGAUCCUGUUUCCAUUACAUUCAAAGAACAUUUUACCAUAUGGGUAGAGACUUCAAUUUAAAUUAUUUUGGAAGGCAAAACUUUACCUGAAAUAACACAUAUUUUAUGUCUAAACAGUAGUGUUUGGUUUAAAACCAAAUGGAUAUUAAGAAGCAGCCCAAAAUUUCAAAGCCUUAAUAUCUGAAGAAAUUGUAUAUGUGAUAUGGUUCUGUAUAAAAAUAAUCUUAGAACAAGAGCGAUCAAUACAAAGUUGUAGAGUUUUUUAGUAUCUUUAUGACUGCAGCAAUGACCUGUAUUAAGCAACUCUGAAAAAGUGAGCAGUAGUUAAAACUGACUAUUUGAUUAAUAAUAUUUCUAUUUCAGAAUAUUUAGUAACAUAUAUCUGUGCAGUCUUGCUCAUAGCUGUCUCACUUAGGGUCAGAUUCUGCUGUCCUUACUCAUGUCAAAUAAUUUAUUACAUUGCACAUAAUCUUACUGAUUCAAUGUGGAGAAUGAUGGCAAAACCUGACCAUAGUGACUAAGAGCAACAGUUGCUUCUUUCAGUCUUUGACAGCUGCAAGAGCAACUCUGUUUUUCCAAACCGUCCAUCCCAAAUUCCGACCUGUAAGAGUAUGUACCUAUAUUUAGCUAGUGAGAUUAAAUUGCAGAGGCUUCAAGCAGGGCAAAAAGCACAUUGGUCUGCCUUUUUUUGCAGACAAACCCUUGGGCAGACAACAGCUAAAGCUUUCUACUCCCUCCCCUUUCCCAAGUGUUUGCAAAAUGGA